UUGACAUGAUUUUUAUAGCAACCCCAACAGUAAUCUCCCAUAUCAGUUGGGAAAAGCUUGACAUGAUUUGUAUAGCAACCCCAACGACUAAACUCUUGACUUUUUGAGCGGACUCUCUCCCUUCCUCGUCUUCGCGGAUCUAUUAGCUAUUAGAUACGCGAAUCAUCGAAAAUCCAGGAUAGUGAGUGUUGCAAAUUUCUUCAUACAGUUUGCGGUUGAUAAGCGGGAACUUGUAGAUUGCACAAAUUGAAAAGAGGGCUCUGCUAAUUUGUUCAGUUUUCAAUUCUUGGAAGAUACUGCCUUAAAAAUUAUCAAGAGUGUUGUUUCUUAGAGUGAAACAAGGAACAGGAGAUUAAAAUGAGGUCAAAUGCAAGAUUUCAUUAGUGAUAAUGGACAUGUUGGUUGGCAUGCUAUUAGAAUUUGUCUUGAAAAGGACCUCCCACUGCCAUUGCAAUGUCUUCUAGCAAAAAUUUCAACAAUGAUGGAGUUCAGACUGAAGGCUCUGAUUUCGUAAAAAGGCAUAGUUUUGAAAUGCAUCUUGCUCAAAGGAAGCAGAAAAAUGACAAUUUUAAUUAUAUUCUACAUCAAGAUCAAGAGGCUAUGGAACUUUAUUUGCGAGCUACAACUCAAAAAGAAGAGAUCCAAAAUUUGCGUGAACAAAUUUCUAUUGCCUGCGUAAAGGAAUUGCAGUUGUUAAAUGAGAAGUAUACACUGGAGAGGAAAUUCUCAGAGUUAAGGAUGGCAAUUGAUGAGAAGAAGAAUGAAGCUAUUACUUCGGCUUUGAAUGAAUUGGUUAUGAGGAAAGGAGAUCUUGAAGAAAAUUUAAAAUUGGUUCAUGAUCUAAAGGUUAUUGAGGAUGAGAGAUACGUUUUCAUGUCAUCAAUGCUUGGACUUUUGGCAGAAUAUGGUUAUUGGCCUCAUGUAACAACUGCUGCUUCUGUAUCCAACACUGUCAAGCACCUACAUGAUCAACUGCAAUGGAAGAUUAGAAGUUCUUAUGAUAGAACUAGAGAGUUGACAUUAGUGGCAGGAACUCAUGAUGCACCUGGAUCGCUUGAUAUGCAUGGCUUUUCUCCUUAUAAUCCCUAUGCAGAUGUGCGUAAUGAAUCAACUGACAAUAUGCCGAGAAACUAUAAUGACAAUGGUCAUGCAGAAAUGGAAAAGUUGAUGCUCAAUAAUCAGAUGCAGCAGCCAUUCGAUAAUUCGAGUGGUUUCUCAUUCAAUACGAACCGACAAGGUGUCAACGUCAUUCCUAGUAGUACAUUAGAUAAAGUUGUUUCGGGAAAGAUUCCAGGAGAAAUGGCAGGUAAUGUCUUGUUUCAUUCGCACGGUGCAAAUGAUGAGAUUUAUUCCUCUGUUUCGGAAGAGGGACCUGGAAUUGACGGUUUUCAGAUUAUUGGUGAAGCCAUACCUGGAGAAAAACUUCUUGGAUGUGGAUAUCCUGUACGGGGAACCACUCUAUGUAUGUUUCAGUGGGUUCGUCAUCUUCAGGAUGGCACCAGGCAGUACAUUGAGGGAGCCACAAAUCCAGAAUAUGUUGUCACAGCUGAUGAUGUUGAUAAACUGAUUGCUGUUGAGUGCAUACCCAUGGAUGAUCAAGGUCACCAGGGGGAAAUUGUGAGGCUUUUUGCUAAUGAGCAGAACAAAAUAACGUGUGACCCUGAUAUGCAGAGAGAGAUCAACACACAUAUCUCUCAAGGUCAAGCUGCAUUUAAUGUUCAACUGCUGGAUUCUUCUGAGAAUUGGGAGCCAACAACUCUAAUAUUAAGACGAUCAAGUUACCAAGUCAGAAUAAAUACCACAGAAGCUUUGGUUAUUGAGGAGAAAUUUUCGAAGGAUUUAUCGAUCAAGAUACCUUGUGGGCUCUCAACGCAAUUUGUUUUAACAUGCUCUGAUGGUUCUUUUUAUCCUUUCAGAACAUACAAUGUUCGGAUUAGGGCUCGGGGAAGAGGAUUGGACUUGCUAAGGAAAGAAACGACCUUUACUAUCUUGAAUCAUCUCAAAAGGAGCACGUGAUACUCUUGUGCUUACCGUUAGGAUGUUCCAAGCCAAGGCUUUGGACGACAAGAGGAAAGGAAGAGCUUAGCUAGCAUACACGCCCGUUUCUCCACGUUUAGUAAAUACUGUCAUUAUUUAUUCAUCCUUUAAAUUAAAUAAACGCAAGAAUUGCACAUUAUUAUGAAUUCAUUUUAUUUUCAUUUCUCAUUUUGUUUGUAAUAUUAAUCAUAUUGUAACAUUAUGGUAUACCAAUUUGUUCUUUCAUAAACAUUAUUAUAGAAGGGAGAAUGGCAAUUUCCUGCUCAA